CCCCCCCGGGCCCCCCAGCCGCAGGCGCGAUGGCCGUGGCCGUGGGCAGACCGUCUAAUGAAGAGCUACGGAACUUGUCCCUUUCUGGCCAUGUUGGAUUUGACAGUCUCCCUGACCAGCUGGUCAACAAGUCCACUUCUCAAGGAUUCUGUUUCAACAUCCUGUGUGUCGGUGAGACAGGCAUUGGCAAAUCCACCUUAAUGGACACUUUAUUCAACACCAAAUUUGAAAGUGACCCAGCUUCUCACAAUGAACCAGGUGUCCGGUUAAAAGCCAGAAGUUACGAGCUUCAGGAAAGCAACGUACGGCUGAAGUUAACCAUCGUUGACACCGUGGGAUUUGGAGACCAGAUAAAUAAGGAUGACAGCUAUAAGCCAAUCGUGGAAUAUAUCGAUGCCCAAUUCGAGGCCUACCUGCAAGAGGAAUUGAAGAUUAAACGUUCUCUCUUCAACUACCAUGACACAAGGAUCCACGCCUGCCUCUACUUCAUCGCCCCUACGGGACAUUCGCUGAAGUCCCUGGAUCUGGUCACCAUGAAAAAGCUGGACAGUAAGGUGAACAUCAUUCCCAUAAUUGCAAAAGCUGACACCAUUGCCAAGAACGAAUUGCACAAAUUCAAGAGUAAGAUCAUGAGUGAACUAGUUAGUAAUGGCGUCCAGAUCUAUCAGUUCCCCACAGACGAAGAAACCGUGGCAGAAAUCAACGCAACCAUGAGUGUUCAUCUCCCAUUUGCAGUGGUUGGCAGCACCGAAGAGGUGAAGAUCGGCAACAAGAUGGCAAAGGCCAGGCAAUACCCCUGGGGCGUGGUGCAGGUUGAAAAUGAAAACCAUUGUGAUUUUGUGAAACUGCGGGAGAUGCUGAUCCGCGUGAACAUGGAGGACUUGCGAGAACAGACUCACACCCGCCACUAUGAACUGUAUCGGCGCUGUAAGCUUGAGGAGAUGGGGUUCAAGGACACUGACCCUGACAGCAAGCCUUUCAGUCUUCAGGAGACAUACGAAGCAAAAAGGAAUGAAUUCCUGGGAGAACUGCAGAAGAAAGAAGAAGAAAUGAGACAGAUGUUCGUCAUGAGAGUGAAGGAGAAAGAGGCUGAACUUAAAGAGGCAGAGAAAGAGCUGCAUGAGAAGUUUGACCUGCUUAAGCGAACACACCAAGAAGAAAAGAAGAAAGUGGAAGACAAGAAGAAGGAGCUGGAGGAGGAAGUGAGCAAUUUCCAGAAGAAGAAGGCAGCAGCCCAGUUGCUACAGUCCCAGGCGCAGCAGUCUGGGGCCCAGCAAACCAAGAAAGACAAGGAUAAGAAAAAUGCAAGCUUCACAUAAAGCCUGGCAAGCCAAGGAUGUUCCCGCAUUCACCUGCUUUUGCAGUAAUAUUGUAUCUCUGCCAUCUAUGUCCUUUUGUUUUCUUUUAUUAUUAUUUUUUUUACCCUUCCCCAAACACCAAUAACUAUUAACUCAUUUUGCUGAAUGUUGUCGGGUGGUGGAAAAAUGGUAGAACGAGGGAUUAACAGCCAAAGCUCUGUGCAGCUGGACUUUUGUUUCUGGAAAGCAAAUGGGUUGCCUUUUAUGCCUGUUCAGAAUGGCAGCAGGAAGCAUGCCUGGUACUGUGUGUUGCUUUGGACUGAGGAAAGUGGGUAAAUGCUGCCUGCACGUCUGACAUGAAAACUUCUCACCGCCUCAGCAGCUGAACUAAAAACCUGAAUAGCCAUGACAACAACUCGCAUUUUCUCGAUCAUUCAUCUCCAUGGUUGCACAGCCCGUGAACCCAUUGUCUCUUCUCCACAGCUGUCCCAAACAAAGAUAGAUUUGUGCGUAGGCAGAAUGGCGGGUAAGCAUUCUCUGGUGACACAUUUUCAUCUUAGUUCAUAACAUCUUUUGGCCUGGGUUCCUGGGCCUGGUCAGAUAGGCUCCUCUUACGGCGUGAGAUUGCCUGUGGACGCCUACCGCUCAAAUCCGCCAUGUUGGAGAGGGCUGGUGUUAAGAAAAGGAGGAUUCCAUUCACAUUUGCCAGUGCACCCUCAGUCCGCACACAGAUAGCGAUCUCAGAGGUGGGCUCCUGUGGUGAUGGGCUUUCCACAGCCAACUUUACUAUUUAGGGUAAGGAAUCUGUCAUGAACACACUCAAAUUUGCUCUCAGUGGGCCCGGAGUGGGACAAAGGACUGAUUACAGGAUAUCCGUACUUCUAAUAAAAGUUUUCACUAAUCAUGAGGAGAAAACUUCCACAAAUACUUUGCACAGUCCUUCUGCUGUAAAUUCUGUAUCGUCUACAGCACAAACUCGAGGGGACCCUGUCCAUGUAAGGCAGGAGUGGGAAGGAACACAGCACAACCCGUGAGUCAAGAAAGCAGACAUUCAACUUCACAUCCAGCUUCAGGGCUUAGGCGCCUUUCAAUAUUUGGCAAUAAAGAGGAAAAGAAAUAGGACAGCUGGUGUUUAAAUCCGGUUGUCUUGAGGAAUCUUUUUCACCUUUCCCCUCCUGGUGACUAGCUCUACCUGCCCUUUAUGACUAAAGCCCAUUGCCUCAUCGAGGAUCAGGACGAGCCCGUAGGCCAGCACGAACACUGUCCGUCUGCUGGGUAUGGGAAAGGCCACUGUACCCUUUUCCUGUCCCAUGCCUUUCUGGUUCCCCCUCCCAUUAAUAAGACCCUCCCAGCUUUCUCUAAGGCUAGCCUCCAGCUUCUUACUUGAAAGGAUAACAUUUCUCAUGAAACCAAUACUUUGCUUCUGCCACUUUCCUUCUGGCCUUCAGUAGGUAAGUAGGACAGAAUAAGCUCUAUACCUCCUGGCACACACUUUCAUUUUCUUCUUCUUUUUCUUUUUCUUUUUUUUCCUUUUAGUUAGUAAGUCUUUAGUUGAUGCCAACAGAGUUUUUUCUGUUUUGUUUUUGUUUUUCCCUUUUCUCCUCUUUCUCAAUGUGUACUUAGAGGAAAGAAGGCAUGGUCUUCUAUAGUUUAGGCUUAACUAGUCAAAGGAAGGAAAUCUGUUUCAUUGGAGCCCAAAUCAGGCUGGAAAGAACCGGCAGACAUGAAGCACAGCAGUAGCGGCCUUUACAGGUUUACAUGCUACUGUUUUUGCUUGUUUUUUAAAAUUCUAGUCUGAAGCUUGCGGUGAAGCACCAGACAUUAGACAGCAUGCUGCUGCUAACCAGGGGCUGAGUGUGCUCGUGUGCUGCACGCCGGACAGCGCUCGGAUACCGUGUGGUCUGCUUGUUCCGUUUGUACAUGCGUUCUCGUGCCUUGCAACGGAAGACUUUUUGAUGCCAAGAUUAUUGAUGGACUAGAUUUAUAUUUUUAUUAAAAACAUUUUUUUUUUAGCAUUACAUUUUUCACAGUAAGAUAAAUCAUAUGGAGAGUCAGGGAAUAAAAAAAAAUCAAAAGAAACAUAUGGAAGCUAGGAUUUCUUUUUCUUUCCAUUUUUUGAAUGCAUUGCUUCUGAACUUUUUUCUACCACUGCCCCCCAGCCCUGUUUAGUUUGUUAUUGCUGCCUUUUUUUUUUUUUCUUUCUGUAUCUGUGCCUUUUUUCACAGUAGUCCUUGGCUCUGCACGGAAUAAAUGAUACCCUCAAAUUUAAUUGGAUGUGCUUUCGCCUUUGCAUGUAAGUACAGUAGUAAACCUUUGAAAUCUUUCUUUUUAAAAUUGGAGGAAACAAUGGGAUGGCUGGUUU